CCAGAAACUGCCAAGCAAGAAUCAGUUUAUUGGCAGUCUCGGUUCUCGUGUUCUUCUGUCUGCCUCGUGUACCGUAGGUAAGGUAGAUAUUUGACAUGUUAAUUCUCCACUCGGAAAAAUCGCGUUCUGGAACAUUUGGCGAUUCAUCAACCUGACGCCGUGCACCAAACAAAGUACGUUGUGCUUCCUAAAAGUGCGCGAAAGAAAUCUUGCUGCAGUAACUGUUCAGCCAAAGAAAAAUCACUACAGCGCCCCCUUUUCAGCAGGGCUGAAAAAAAAACGGGACUUUCAGCAAGAAGAAGAAAAACGCAAAUGACAUAGUGCCAACCAUGCUUUCCUCCAUCUCACCCAACACCUUCCUCCAGUCACCAAACGUCAUUCCUCCCCGAACUUCCUCCAGCGGCAUCCAUUCAAACCACAUUGCUCCCUCAAAGCCGGCCUUGAGGCCCGUCCCCGAAGGCGACUGGAUAGCUCAGAGCUUGAAGCAGCAACAGGCCAGCAUAGCAAGCGCUACCGCCGCCGCGCCCGCGACAACCCGGCGCAUGCGCAAAGCCACCUCGAACACCCCGCCCGUCGACGCAGAUCCCCACAUGCUCAACCACCAGACCCAAGCGCCGACGCGCUUCGACGCGAACCGCUACGCCACAGAAGACUUCAACUUUACGACGACCAAGAAGACGUGGUCCGAGGACAAGGAGAAGGUAGUAUGCGGGCCCUUUGACUACCUGCUCGGCCAGCCUGGCAAGGACUUUAGGACGCAGAUCAUCAUGGCCUUUAAUGCCUGGCUCGAGGUGCCGUCCGAGAGCCUCGAGCUCAUCACGCACGUCGUGGGGAUGCUGCACACGGCGUCGCUGCUGGUCGACGACGUCGAGGAUAAUUCGUCCCUGCGGAGGGGGCUCCCCGUCGCACACAGCAUAUUCGGCGUGCCUCAGACCAUCAACAGCGCAAACUACAUUUACUUCGCCGCGCUGCAGGAGCUCAAGAAGCUGAGCAACCCAGAGGCCGUCAGUAUAUUUGCAGAGGAGCUCAUUCACCUGCACCGCGGCCAGGGCAUGGACCUGUUUUGGCGUGACACCCUCACGUGUCCGACCGAGGAUGACUACCUCGAGAUGGUCGGAAACAAGACGGGCGGUCUGUUCCGGUUGGGCAUCAAGCUCAUGCAGGCCGAGUCGGCCUUCCCCACCGACUGCAUCCCGCUUGCCAACCUCAUCGGCCUCAUCUUCCAGAUCCGUGACGACUACCAAAACCUCUUUUCGCGCGAGUACAGCAACAACAAGGGCAUGUGCGAGGAUCUGACCGAGGGCAAGUUCUCGUUCCCCGUAAUCCACAGCAUCCGCUCCAACCCGGCCAACCUGCAGCUGCUCAACAUACUCAAGCAAAAGACCACCGAUGAAGGGGUCAAGAACUACGCCGUAUCAUACAUGGAGAAGACGGGCAGCUUCGAGUACACCAAGAAGGUACUGACGGUGCUGAUUGAGCGCGCCCGCAAGGUCACGGAUGAGCUGGACGCGGGGAGGGGCAAGUGCAGCGGCAUACACAAGCUCUUGGACAAGAUGGUUGUCGAGUGAACUGAGAGCUACCUGGGGAUCUUGGGCAUUUUGACGGGCUUACAUGCUACCGUGCGCAUGUACGAAGAAUAAUGAAAGAAGAAACCCAGCUAGAAACUUCCGGCCUAGAAAAUCUGUUCGGAUUUGGGAGGGGUACAUGCCCAUUUUGAGGACGGCAUGUUGUAGAUACCAAAGCGGCUGGAGCCUGUCAAGGCGAUGUUUUAUGAUGUAACUGUUUUUUUAUCGUGUUCUAUUUGGGUCGGUAUGGGGUUUUUGCCACAAAUCUAUACCCAAUACCAAUGAGUAUUCCGAGCUGGCAUUUUCUUAAAUAAGAACAAGGCGUCAAGGGAUCAAAGCACAUGACUUUCUUACUGUCAAGGACGUGAGAGUAGUGGUCGGAAAGACACUCUUGAUGCACAAGUAAUAGUGUGAGGCGUCAAGCAUUUUGUCGUUUGCGUCAUUGUCUUGGAGAAAUAAGACUUCAACUUGACAAGAAUGGAAUAUUCAUGCUUGUGACACAACCCUUUUUUGGGCCAUUUGCGGCGAAAGUCACUUGAGACGAGGAAGGUUUGAUAGCAGCUAGAUCUACACGUGUUGACCGGCAUACAAACGGCAGCCAUACCCGUAUUCUAGACCGAGCUCAGCUGCAGAUUUGGCCUUGUAUUAUAAUUGGAAAGAUGUGACAUACUGCUGAUGAAUACAAAACCUGACCGCCAAAUGGCCACUUGCAAGUCAAAUCAAACACCGGCACAGUAUAUGUCUGCCAAAACUGUCAAGAUAC